AUGCCAGCGAUUCACCGACAGGCCGGUGGCGAGAGGGACAGGGGAGGCGGAGAAUGGGCGGAAGGGGAAAGAAGAGGGGCAGCCGCAGGUGACGGCGGAAGGGCAGUGCGCAAGCGGGGGGAAGGGGGAAGGAUUGGGGAAGGGCAAGGCCGGGGGGGGGGCGCGAGAGUGGGGGAGUUUGUGGAGGCGGACUGGUAUGAAGCGGACUGGAAACAUGUCUCCCCCCUUUCCGCCGUCACUCCCCCCGAGCCCCCCGCCUCUGACGCGUGGCAGUGGUCCCGCUUUGGGCGGCAACUUAGCCGCCAAGACGGCCGCCCGGGCGGCAGGUCUGCGCGCAGCGAGCUGGACGGGAUGAUGGGCGGGGCGAGCGGGGGGGAAGGGGGGAGCGCGCGGAGGGAUGCGCGGGAGGAGUAUGUGAAUCGGUUCAAGGCGAAUCCCCCCCGCGCCUGGCGCGGGUGCGGGGGAGAAGCGGGGGAGGGGGCAGCAGAGCGGGGGAGGGGAGGGGAGGGAGGGGCGGGAAGGGCGGGAAGGGCGAGAGGGGAGGGAGGGGCAUGUGCCGUGUUUUGGGGCGGCAGGGGGAGGGGAGGACGGGACAGAGCACAACUGGGGAGGGGCGAAUCUGGGGAGAAUCUGCCCACGCCCAAGCAGAUCCGGGCAGCUCUGGAUGAAUUUGUGAUCGGGCAGGAUAAUGCGAAAAAGGUUUUGGCAGUGGCAGUUUACAAUCACUACAAGCGCAUCUUUCUUGAAAACCAGAAGCGGGAAAGACUUGCCAACCUGCCAGAGGGGGCGUGCGAGAACCUGGUGGGGGGCGGUGAGGAGGACGAGGUGGAGGUGGAGAAGAGCAACGUGCUGCUGAUGGGUCCCACGGGUUCAGGCAAGACCCUACUGGCCAAGACUCUGGCUCGGUUUGUCAACGUGCCAUUCGCCAUUGCUGAUGCCACCACUCUCACUCAGGCUGGUUAUGUGGGAGAGGACGUGGAGAUGAUUCUCUAUAAGCUGCUGCAGGCGGGGUAUGUGGGAGAGGACGUGGAGAUGAUUCUCUAUAAGCUGCUGCAGAGCGCCAAUUUCAGUGUGUCAGCAGCGCAGCAGGGCAUCGUGUAUAUCGACGAGAUCGACAAGCUUACCAAGAAGGCAGAGGGCAUCACGAGCACACGGGACGUGUCAGGGGAGGGCGUGCAGCAGGCGCUUUUGAGGAUGCUCGAGGGCGCUGUGAUCAAUGUGCCAGAGAAAACAGGGAGGAAGAAUCCAAGAGGCGAGUUCAUACAGCUGGACACACAGAACAUUCUCUUCAUCUGUGGAGGGGCAUUCGUGGAUCUGGAAAAGACGAUUGCAGAGAGGAAGCACAAGUCAUCCAUCGGCUUCGGGGCCCCCGUGCGCGCAUCGCUGCGCAACCGAUCGGUGCUUGACGCCCGCACUGCCGGCUCGCUGCUGCAAUCGGCAGAGAGCACGGAUCUGAUAGCCUAUGGGCUCAUCCCUGAGUUUGUGGGGCGAUUCCCCGUGCUGGUGGGGCUGCAUGCGCUCACAGAGGAGCAACUCGUGCAGGUUCUCUUAAAGCCCAAGAACGCCCUCAGCAAGCAAUUCGCCAAGCUAUUGGCCAUGAACAACGCCCGCUUGCACAUGACGGAGGGGGCAGUGAGGGCCAUAGCGCGCAGAGCAGCAGCGCGAAACACGGGGGCCAGGGGGCUGCGAUCGCUGCUGGAGGGGCUGCUCACCGAGGCUAUGUACGAGGUCCCCAGCAAUCUGGUGGAAGCAGUGGUGCUGGACGAGGCAUCGAUGGGGCACGAGGGGGAGGAAGGGGAAGAGGGCAAGCCGGUCCCCAGCAGUCUAGUGAAGGCAGUUGUGUUGGACAAGGCAUCGGUGGGGCACGAGGGGGAGGAGGGGGGCGACGGGGUAACCUGCACUCUGCCAUCAUCCAUCCAUCCCUCCUAUCCCUGCUCUUCCAAGCCUGAUCUUCCCGUCCCUGCCAUCCCUGCCAUCCCCACCAGGUCCCCAGCUCUCUGGUGGAAGCAGUGGUGCUGGACGAGGCAUCGGUGGGGCACGAGGGGGAGGAGGGCGAGGACGGGGUACCGGGGGUGUGGGGCCCACAUACUGCAAGGGGAGGGCUCGUGGGAGCGGUGGUUGCAGGAUAACGAGGGGGGAGGAGAGAAGGCGGGAGGGAAGGGAGAGGAGGGCCAAGGGGGAGGAAGCAAGGGAGGCUCAUCUGGGGGAGGUGGAAGUGAUGAGGAAUCGGAUGCAGCUCCUGCUCUUGCCACAGCCACUGCAGCUUGA